GGAGAGACCUUCCAACAAGGAAAACAGCUAGUUGGCACCGGGUCCCACAGCAGCCUGACGGGCAGGGGCAGCCAGCCGCAGUCGUUAUCAUCGUCGUCGGAUUGCAUUGCUUGCGGAAUGGAUAAAGACAUUGCCGAACCAGACCCAUCCUUUGAGCGCAUCGGGAUAGAAGACAGACUUUAUGGAGAAUUUUCGGAUUCGCUCAAUACAAAGGUCAGGUAUUCAGUGAGCUUGACGGAGUGUGCUCUCACUAUUCAAAAGAUUUCCUCGUCAUCUGAUCGGAAUAAGGUUGUUUUUAACUUGACUGACUGUGUUGGCUGCCGGGCUUAUAAAGUGGAGGACGAGACGGACGUUGGGGCUUUCUUUACAGCAUAUUUCUACCCUUUCAAGAGGCGAUGGAUGAGUUCAGGCAUGGCCCGGCAGAGGGUAGAGCAGUGCUUUCGGGUGGCACUGGUCCAGGACCCUCUUGUAAAUCUUCAAGAGGCAGAGAGAUGGGCACGUGCCAUCAGAGAUGCUUCUAUCCUUCAGAAACCACGACGAGAUGGUGUGGUGUACUCUCAGCUACGGCGAGCCUGCAGGGUCAUGCUGCUGGUGAAUCCCCAGAGUGGGCGUGGCCAGGCUCUUCGGUAUUUCUAUGGGCACAUCGAGCCCAUGCUCACUGAGGCUUUAGUCCCCUACACUCUGGUCAUCACUGAGCACCAAAACCAUGCAAGGGACCUAGUGAGAGAGACCGAUCUGUCACAGUGGGACGCCCUGGUUAUCCUGUCAGGAGACGGUCUCCUGUUUGAGGUGGUGAAUGGCCUUCUGGAGAGAGAGGACUGGGAGGAGGCCAUCCAGACCCCCCUAGGCAUCCUUCCAGGGGGCUCAGGCAACGCACUGGCUGCUUCCGUCCACCACUACACUCAGUCUCCUCCGGUCUGGGGUGAGGAGCUGCUGCUGAGCUGUGGCUUCCUGCUGGUUAAAGGCCUUGUGUCUCGGCUUGAUCUGGUCUCUAUCCACCUGGCCUCCAGCCGGCGCAUCUUCUCCUUCCUCUCACUGGCCUGGGGCUUUGUGGCCGACGUGGACAUUGAGAGUGAGAAGUACCGCCACGUGGGCGCCAUGCGCUUCCUGGUGGGUACACUGGUCCGCCUGGCCUCCCUCAGGGUGUACCAGGGCAGGCUGGCAUACCUGCCUAUCAAGGACGGCCUGCUGCCAAACCAGGGACCCAGGGACCAUGCCACGCCCUCGACACCAAAACAGGGACCAAAGAGCUCCCCCAAUCAGAAUUGUUGCCACAGCUCAAACUCCACCCAGAACACCGCCCCCAACUCCUCCAACAAUGCCAUCACCACCAUGACAGCCGGGCCCCGGCCAGCCAACCAGAAGGGGCCUCCAGACUCCCUUCUACCCGACUUGGAGCAGCCGCUGCCUGAGCACUGGAUGGCAGUGGAAGAGGAGGGUUUUGUUCUGGUGUUGGCCAUGUUCCAGUCCCACUUGGCCGAAGACCUUUUAGCAGCCCCCGGGGCGGCGGCAGACGACGGCUUCAUCCACUUGUUCUACGUCCGUGCUGGUAUUUCCAGGCCAGCCCUGCUCAGACUCUUCCUGGCCAUGGAGAAAGGGGCCCACCUGGCCAUUGGCUGUCCUCAUCUGGUGUAUGAGAAGGUGAGGGCCUUUCGCCUGGAGCCCCGGUCCUCCGAGGGAGCGAUUACUGUGGAUGGGGAGGUGGUGGAGUAUGGGCCAGUACAGGGCCAGGUCCAUGGAGGAAUCGCUAGGCUCAUCUCCGGCUGACAUUGGUACUGUGCUCCUCACAGCUCUGCCUACUCUCUCACGUUCCUACUUUCAGUCUUCUGUAUACAGAACACAAGUGCCAAAGACAUUAUAUCAGCCUUUGGAAAAUACACCCCUAUAUUUUUUUUUGCAUAUGUGAAGAAAUAUCUAUUGUCCUGCUUCUAGAUCCGUCUCUCUUCUCCAUACGUUAUUCAGGGUCAAUAAUACGGAUGUUCUUGGAGCUGGCUGGUUCUAGCUAAGUGUGUGAUCCACCUCAAUGUCCCCACAAGGAACGUAAAAACUUUAAAAUAGGUGCCAUAAGGUCUCAACAAGGGAAAAUGUGAUUUGCUUCUCAGGGUUAAGGUUUAGGGAAAAACUUACAGUUGAAGUUAUUUUUAGGAAUAGACAUUACUGCUUAGGUUUAUGGUUAGCUGUUAGGGCUUGGGUAAGUUAAGGUGUUAGAGUUAGGUUAUUGAAGUUAGGGUAAGGGUUAGGUUUAGGGAUAAGGAAUGGGGAACAUGGAUUUCUUGGUCUGGGUUAGGUCUCAGGUCCCCACAAGGAUGGAAAGACAAAUAUGUGUUUGUGGAUGGGUGUGAGGGAGUAUGUAUAUGUAUGUGUGUCAGAGACAGAGAGACACUGUAUGUGGAGGACUGUGUAAUACAGAGGGACCCAUGUCUGAGGAGUGUAGUGUUGGCUCUGCUGUCAGCCUCAGUAAGCCAGACGCAGAAGGAAAGAAGCACAUUCUUCUGGCCCAAAAGGAAUUGACCAGUGACAAGUAUGAGCGUCCCACCAAGUAUUGCCUGGGUGUCAUUUUGCCUUCUCACUCCGCAUACAUUUGGACUUGUGUGAACAGUCUGUGUUAUCUUUGAUGAAGCACACAGUGGGAGAAUGCAGCAUUGUAGACCUCCCACAAAGAUGUUCGGUUACUCUACUCUCUCUCAUCAGCAUGUGGAAACUCCAUGUUAUUUCAGUGGUUAAAUGGGUGGGGUGGAACAGGUUAGGCGUUGGUGAGGUUGUUUUGAAGUAGCCUUGAGGGAGCAGGAACCUGAGCAGGUCACACUGAUAAUCUGUCAGCCUCUUCGCCUGCUCCAGCUCCAGCCGGCCGACAUUCUUCUUGGAGCGCCUCCUUUCUGACAAGUGCACAAACACACACACACACAAGCAUACACACCCAAACACACACACACAUACACACCCAAACACACACACUCUUGACACUCCCUUUUACAUCUCCAACACUUAGCAGGAGGUAGGGGGAUGGUCUGCUACAUCUGAUCCCGCUCUUCUAGUUGUCUUCAGAUUGUAGUCCCUCCUUUCUGAGCCAUUAGCACCUAAUGUGUCCUUAUUCUUAAGCUUUAUGGUUGACGAAAAAAAGAAAAAGCUGCUGGAAUUAUAUGCAGAAUCAAGAGCGUCAUUGUCUAUUUUUAUGAAUGGUUUUACUGUAGAUAAAGCACAUAUAGAAAUCUUUUCUGUUGUUUUCUGUCCAAGCACACACUAAGAAGGGAAAGAGGAUUUUGCAGCUGCGUGGCUCAGUGGGUUUUGCACACUGACUCAAUCAAUAAGAUCCGGAGGGACCAGGCCAGAGUGCUGUGCUCUCCACUGUGGCCUUCCUCUUGUCCGUGCUCAGAUGAUGAGCGUUGUUCCACUGGAGCAGACACAAAUGGAAAUGUACAUCAGGUCAGGUCCACACCGGGACUAUUACAACCACUGACUCAAAGAGUCCCAGAGCGCACGUAAAACUUGGGUUGGUUUGACUUAGCUAGGACCAAAAAUCAUUGUUUGUUUAAGUAUUAUAAUUUUUUAAAAUGUACUAUUGUGUACUAUAGAAAGAAAGUAUGUUUAAAUUGAUUACACUUGAAAGUAUGCUGUACUCCUCCAAUUUCUGAUUUCAGUCUUCCUUUUCUAUGCAUGGUUUUGACUUGUUUUUAAAAUAUUAUUAAACUGACCUACUGAUUUGACAUUA